AUGCUUUCUCGCUCUGUCUCCGUAAAACCGUUACGUUUACUUUACAGUUCGUUUUUGAAUCCAUCAUGUGGUGCGUCUUAUAUAUGCUGCUACCGCAUGAUGAGUGCGGACAAUUGUACAAGCGUGGAUGGUCAGACAGAUGGCAAGAAGGCGUCGCCUUUUGCCUCAUCGUUUAGUAUUGACCCUAAGAAGCUUCCGAACACCAUACCCGGUGUGUCACGGGAGGAGUUGGCGGAGCGAUUGGAGCGAUACCAGCGGGAACUUUCGUACAAGGCCGCGCAGGCUUCAGCUCGUGAGUUGGCAGAUGAGAUUGAAACGAUGCGCCGUGCAUUGCCGCCUGAACAGUUUCGACAGUUUCUUCAGGAUGUGGAUGCAAUGGCGGAAAAGAAUGAGAAGGAAAUCGCGCGGCUUAGCGCCAUGUCACCACAGCAGUUGUACCGGUACCAUCAGCGUCAGCGGCGGCGAAUGCGUCUACAAGCAAUUUGGAAGAGUAUUGUUCUUUUUGUGUCGAUAUUUGGUGCCGUAUUCUUUUUGUUUUUUCUCAUGUUUUUCUUUGGGUAA